ACUGUUAUUGUUGCAGUAGAGAGAGUAAGAAAGAAAGAGAGGAAAAAAAAGUCGGCAAAAAUACAAAAAUAACAUUAGAAACGAGGAAAAAAAGAGUAAACUUUGCAGUUCUGUGUGUUGCCUUACAAAAGUGUCUCUUUGUAUUGCCUUUCCUCCUUCAUCGUCAUAGUCCUUUUUCAUCCCUUAUCUUCAUCUUAAUCCCUCGUCUCAUCAUUCUCAUUAUCAUCAGCUCCUUGGAAAGACACUGUCAUGAGAUUCAUCAAUUCCGUGCCGUUUAUUUUGUACCAUCAACCUCGUUAUUAUCAACGACAACAGCUAAAGCGAAAAAAUAAUUACAUUAUUAAUAUCUUUAACUGCUAAAUGGAUUCCCUUUCAUCGGAUCCAUUGUGUUUACAAGAUUUAGUUGGUCCACAAGCAUCUCAAGGAGUCCAGAGUUCAUCAUCUUCAGCUCUUCUUAACACUCAUCCACAUCUAGGUUCGUGUUCAUCGUCAGUUGAUAAUUCAGGAGUACAACAUCAACAACAAGUUGGAGGCCAAAGCUCAACAUCUUCACCUUCAGUGACACCAACUGAAAAUCUAAGUGAUCAUCCGGCUCACAAUCAAUCUAACUCUAAUUCAUCAUCAUCUUCUUCAGUGCCACCAUCAAGUACAGGUUCAACUCACCAUUCAAUAGUAUACCAUCACCAGCAACCUUCAUUAAAUUCACUUCAUUUACAGCAACACCACCACCAACAACAACACCAACACCUACACCAUCAUAUUCCGCCCCCAUCUUCCUCCUCCUCGUCAUCAUCAUCGUCUUCUUCCUCCUCUUCCUCAGUCCUUCACCAUCACCAUCAACACCACCAUCCAUUGGUAACAAUGCAACACGCCAUCCAUUCAACUGUUAACGCAAUCAAUCCACCAUCAACUGGACCACAUCAUUCUCAUCAUCACCAUCCACGGACUUUAUCGACAAGCCAAUCCCUUCAUUAUCCCAGUGCUCAUCAUGUUUCAUCACUUUUCUCAACCAUUUCGGGUGCUCCUUCAUCAUCAUCUAUCUCUUCAUCUCCUUCAGCUCAUCCUCAUUUUUACACUCAUCCAACUCCAGGGUUUCCACAAAAUGUUUCCUCUGCGGCAGCAGCCGCCGCCGUGGCUGCUGCUUCAUCCACAGUAACCUCAUUGAACUCUAAUCUUACUCGGUUACCCUCUCAUCUUGACUCAAAUCCAGGUGGCAAUGGAGGUGGUUCAGGUAGUCCUUCAACGACAACUCCUUUACUUCACCAGUCACCUUCUUGUUCAACAACUGUUCCUGAUCCAUGUAAAAAGCGACCAGGUAAGCUUAAUCCAGUUUAGCUCAUUUUAAGCCUG